UUGGCCAGAUUCCGUUCGUUGGUUCCAUAACCAAGAAGUAACCAAAUUUCGUAGCCAUGUUUGUACGGGUAAAUGAGUUUAUUUUCUGAUAGUGAGUGCAAUUGGAAAAGUGCCGUGAUCCUCAAUUACCCUGGACUAAGGAUUUUUUAUCGUAUCUGAUUUGUCCAAAUGGCAACUGCAGUAUAAAAGUCGUCAUGCGUUAGCAAGUUUGCAAAGCAAUUGCAAGAAAAGCGAUUCCAAAAUGCAAAAUUGGAAUGCAUGGCAAGUGCAGGCUGGGACAGUAACAACACCCAUGCCUCCGACACCAGCUGGCCUUACUGCCCCAGGAGCAGACCCUAUGGCUAUGAUGCAGUCCUACAUGCAAUAUUACAAUCAGCCAGCGCCGAACGGUUACACGGCUGAACAAUGGGCUGCUGCUCAGCAACAAAAUUGGGCUCAGUGGCAACAAUGGCUACAGCAAUUUCAACAGUGGCAAGCACAAUAUGGAGAAAAGUAUCAAGAGACAAUAAAGCAGUUAUCAGCACAGGGUUUGAGUUUGCCAAAUGUAACUCAAGCACCGCCAUUGCCAAGUUCUCAGCCUCCUCCACCUCUUCCAAAGGAAGAAAAUACAAAACCUCCGCUACCCCCGGAUAGUAAUAAUCCUUAUCAAUAUGCAAAUAUGCCUCCACCUCAUCAAAACAACCUCCCGUUGUUUCCGGCUAAAUCAGAGAGCGCUGGUUACAAUCUUAAUAGUUCUGCAACUUAUUCUCAAGCACCACCUCUACCUCCAGGACGACCACCUCCACCAAGCCCAAACUCCCAAGAGCCCCUGAUUGUUAAUAUAUUGGGUGAAAAACGAGUUAAGAAUGAACCAAUUGAUUUCGGUAGUGCUAAAAAAUUGAAAGUUGAAGACGAAGAGCUAACUGAGGCAGAGAAAACAUUUGAUGCUCAGUUUAAACAAUGGGAAGAACAGUUUAACAAAUGGAAACAGCAAAAUGCUAACCAUCCUGACAAGACACAAUACAAGCAGUAUGAAGCAAAAUGGACAUCGUGGCGUGAGAAACUCAUUGAGCGUCGGGAACAAAUGCGUAAAAAACGUGAACAACAGAAACAAGUAACAAAGCUCGAUUCUGAAAAGGAUAAGAAUAUUCCUGGGGGAGACAAAAUAUUGAACAUUUUAUCAAGCACUGAGAACCAAGGCUUGCUCAAUAAUUUGCUUGGAAUUGGAAAAACUUUGGGCUUAACUGGUAAACAAGAUUCUGGAGGUCCUUCGAAAUUAUUGGGUAAUAAUGGCACAGCAGUGGGAAUCUCAAAUACAUUUCAGCCGGCUGGAAUGGUUGCUCCUACAAUGACAAAUGAUAUGACACAAGCAGCUUGGGCCGCACAGCAAUGGGCUGCUCAAUACAAUGCUGCUAAUAUGGGAGCACCAAAUUACAGCAAUUUUCAGAAUGUACUUGGACCUGCACAGCUACCUAUUUCGGGCCAAGCACCUGGGAAUGGGAAUAAUUUUUCUCAGCCACCUCCAAAUAUGUCUGCCCCUGGCGUGAACUUUUCACAGCCACCACCAGGAUUUCGGGAAAUCGAUUCAAGACAUAUGACAAGCUCUGGAAUGAAUCAAGAUCAGCGCAAUAUGCAUGAAAAGCCUCCGCCAUUGUUUGGACCGGAUGUGGACAAAAGAGAUGGUUUCGGUAGCAGUCAACAAUUGUCUCAAGGAGUAGAUCACUUUGCAUCAAAGAAUAAUCGUCCUGAUAGCCAGCAUUUCAAUUUGAUGGAACGUGAGCUGCCAGGCAAUGAAUUUCCAUCAAGAAUCAACCAGUUUGGACGGGAGCCACAAAAAAAUGAAUUUGCGCCAGGUUAUCGUGGAGGAGGUAAUCAAUUUGGAUCUGAUAACGAACGGUUUCAGCAGACAAGUGACCGAUUCAAAGCUAGCCGACAAGGGGGUGAAUUUGGAUCCAAUGACUGUGAUGACCCAACUAAAUCAUUUAAAUUGGACAAUAAUUCAUUUGCUCCUAGAAACGACCGUUUUCGACAAGAAAAUGAUCACUUUGGAAACGUUGAAACAAGAGAUUCUGGAAACAACCGUUUCCCUAGAGACCCUGACAGUUUCACUCCACGUAAUGAUAGAUUCCGAAACAAUGACCGAGGUGCUUUGGGAAUUAACCGAACUGGACGUGACGGUGGUAUCUUUGGUCCAGGAAUUGACCGUUUGGAAAAUAACGACCGUCUUGGACCAGACAUUGAUCGCUUCUCAUCGACUAAUGAUCGAUUUGGAUCCAAUUCAAUGAAUGAACAGUUUGGUCCUGGAUCUCAAGAUAGAUUUGGAAUGGAUCGCUUUGGAACCGGCAACAAUCGGCUUGGCUCCAGUCAAUCUGGAUCACUUAAUGAUCGCUUAGGUCCGGGAAAUGAGAGAUUUGAGUCUGCGAGUAGUCUUUUCGAAUCUGGAAAAAAAAAAGACAAUUUCAUGAACAAUCACAAUUGUAAUAAUGAAAGUUUUGGUGGAGGUGGAGAACGGUAUGGUAAAAAUGAUCGAUUAGAUCAAAAUAUUCCUGAUUUUUUCGAAUCAAAGGAUCUCGGUUAUGCCGCUGAUAAUCAUCGUGAAAAUUUUGGAGAUAGCUCUCGAGGAAUGAACAGAAACGUUAGAGCAUUUCAACCUCCUGAUAGUAUUGCGCCAGAACUUAGAAAGCUCAUGGAAAAGCGUAGGGCUGCUAUGGAUGUUUUCAAGCCCAGAGAUGAUAUGUUCAAUCCCGUCAAGCAGGACAAUAUAGGAUCAUUGAGUGAGAGUUUCAAAAAGAUAACUGGGGAGUCACCAUAUUCAUCAAGAAAUCCUAGCGAAUCAGGACCCAAAGGACUUUUUGGAAUGGGACCCAGGGGACUGGAUCAAUUUAUGUCUCGUGGACCUGAUUUUGGUCCUAAAGGUUUGGGCCCACUUCAUGGUAGUAGUCAUUUCAAUGAGCAGUCUCACAGAGGUAUGGAUUUUGGAGGGUUUGGAGGUUCCGGACCAGAUAUAUUCAGAACAAGAGGAGAAUUCUGUGGCUCUCGAAACGAAUUUGGGCCUUCAAGAGGGCAAGGAAAUUUUGCCAAUCGUGGGCGGGGUGAUUUUAAACCUGGAACUGAAGAUGGUCCACCAGUAUUAGAUCAACCAGUUGACUUACCUUUGAGGAAUAGAGAUGGAUCUAAUUUAACAGAGUCUCCAGUCAUUGACAGUCGGGGUGUAAUUGGAUCGAAAAUCGAAUCACCGCAACCAUUUAAUGUACCAAAUCAAUUCGAACAUAAAGAGGGUAUACCAUCUAAAGAUCUAAUGCUCAAAUCUGAUGAAUCCUUGAAUGAGGUCUUACCACUCGAAAAACCACCUUGGCUAGAUACGAAGUUCUCUGAACAGAAUUCAAAUGACAAAGUUGAUGGGGUGAAAAAUAAUACCACGUUACAGGAUGACAAUUCCACCAUCAUAUUAGAAAAAUCUAAAAACACAACAACUGUUGCAUCAGCUGAGGAGUCCAUUUCCACCGACAAUGAUCAGAAAAAUAGUAACGAGAAUCAGAAUCAAACAAUCGAAACAGACAAACCUGGGUUACCGCUUAAUAACGUGUCUAACCGUGAUGGAAGAGACAAAAAUGCUCUUCCAUUCAUGGGUGAAAAUGACCCAAAACCUGAAGAUUUGAAUAUGGAACCUCCGCCAGAACUUCCUAAUUUGGGACCGAUGAAAGAGACACCUAAUAUGCCCGCAUUCACUUCGAAUUUACAAAGUGGCGAGGCCACCUACAACACGUCAAGCCCAAUACCACCUCUGAUGGCACGAGGUGGACCGAAUUCCCCAUUCUUCAAUAGUCCUCAUGGGCCAGCAAGGCCCGGAUUUUCUAGCGUGGAUCAGUUCAGAGCCAGAGCACCCAAUAUGAAUAUGAAAGCUUUAAAUGACAGACAAUUUGAGCCGGGAGAUUCAUUUGGUCCUAGAGGCCAACAAUUCGGUCCACGAGGAGCAAAUGAAGGCCCAUUUGGCCCCAGAGGGAUUAACGAAGUUAUUUUUGGUACAAGAGAACCUCUGCAAUCCGGUUCCACAGGAAUGCAAGAUAAUAAUUUCAAUACAUUUAAUCAACGUGUUCCAAAUGACGGCUUACUCGGAGUUCGGCCUAAUGACGAGCAAUAUGGUCCAAUGGGACGUGGCUUCCGGGGACCAAGAGGAUCUAACGGUGGACAGUUUGGUCUCAGAUCACCAAACCAACCCCCGUUUUCAUUACUAAGUCGCCCCAAUGAAGGGCAAUGUAUGCCCCGACGACCAAAUGAAGGUAUUCAUGGCCAGGGUCCUAACGAAGAACAAAAACCAGCAAUUCCAUCUCUUUUGGGUCUACAAUUUGAUAAGCAACCAAAAUUCGACUCCACACAUGCACCUGGGAACAUGCCAAAGCACGGAAAUCCGAACUUCAUGUUUGGUAGGCCCGAAACGAAUGAAAACGAGACUGUUAACAGUGGGCGACCGAUUGGAGUUGGCGGGCUUGAUCAUGCUUCAUCGUUUCAAAUAGAUCAAAGAUCGCAAUUUGGUUCAGGUAUGCCAUUCUCGCAUAGUAGGAUGGCAAGUCCAGACCAAAGAGCACCAUUUGUGCAUGGCAUUACGGAACAAAGGUCACAAUUUGAAAAAGAUGAUCUAAAUGACGCAAGACCAAGAUCACCUUUUACACACGACGAAUUCAGACCACUCAUUCGUCAAGGUAGACCUAACGUGAAUUCACCACAUCCCCCCGGGGGGCUAGAGCAGAGAUCAUCUUUCAUGCAGACUGGGCCGAGAGCUUUCGACAGGAAUUCUCCUUUGGCACAAGGUCCUAUCGGAAACUUUGAACCAAGAAUAGAGCCAAACUUCAUUGAACAACGACCUCCAUUCGUUCCGCCAGGAAGUCAAGAGAACUUUGGUCAGAGAAUAGCUCGUCGCCGUGAGCAGAGAUCAGAGUUUGAUUCUAAUUUAAGGGGACGCGAUCAGCGGUCCCCGUUCUCUGACAGUAGGAAGGGAACGAAUGAUUCCUUAGGAGACUCAAGCGAUGAUAAUGUACAAUUUGAGUCUGGAUAUUACGAUAGAUCUCGUGAUAAUCGAUCUGGCGAAAGACGAAGACCACAAAGAAGUUCUGUUCCGGACGAAUUUUGUGUUGGAAAGCAACAGCAGUUCAAUUAUAACCAUCGUGGUAGUGGGAUGGAGAAGCCUGUCAGUGAAAUAUUUCCCGGUAAAGUAAUCGAUUAUGGACAUGCAACUAAAGUUGUAGUACAUGAGUAUAUAACUCCGGCUCAGACGUUCGAUUAUGGUCAUGGUAAUUUGAAACCUGUCGUUCCUGAACACGAGACAGUGCCCCAACGCGACUUCAGACUGUGGGAAGAAACGGAGCAAAAUUUGAAAGAGUUUGACGAUAAGCUGUGGUCAUACAAGCCCAACCACGAUCGGCAAACUUGCUCCAAACCAACUGAAAUAUUCAAGUUUGAGAGAUCAAAUUCAAAAGAAUGUGAGUGGCCACGAAUAGAACGCAAGCCUUUUGAACACGGAGAGCGAAGACCGAUUGAUAAAGAUGGGAAAAGUAGAAAGGAUCGAGACAUCAGGGAAGAGCGUAAGGAACGAGAACGUGAUAAAGAACGAGUACGUGAUGACAAAGAGCAUGAAUAUUCGCAUGAUCAAGAUCGGAGCGCAAUCGAAACAGGAUCAAGAUGUUCACAGAAAGAAGGAAGCGAUAAUAGAGAUAUAUAUCGGGGCAGAGGUGACAGGAGUGAUAAAAUCAAAACGGAGCAAAAUAAAGAAUUCAGCAGAGACGAUGACAGAUCUAAGGGCAACGUAAGUCGACAGGAGAACCCGAUUAAAAGCAACGCUAAUAGUUCUUCUCAGGAAUCCAGUUCCUCUGAGGUCAAAAAUGAUGCUCCAGAGACAGUAUCGAAGAAAAUGGAGCUGCCAAGAAUGCCAAACUACACCAUGGUUGACGAUAUUUUAUCCCAGCCUGGACGUCAAACUAGACCACCAAAAAUAGUGAUUAUUUUGAGGGGUCCGCCGGGUAGUGGAAAAUCGUUUGUCGCAAAACUUAUCAAGGACAAAGAAGUUGAGCAAGGAGGUUCAGCUCCAAGGAUUCUGAGCCUUGAUGACUAUUUUCUCAUUGAAAAAGAAAAAGAAACUAAGGAUGACAAUGGCAAGAAGAUAGUUACAAAGGAAAUCGUUUACGAGUAUGAAGAGGCAAUGGAACAAAGCUACCAAAUAUCUCUGGUCAAAGCAUUUAAAAAGAACAUAACUGACGGUUAUUUCAAUUUUAUUAUUCUUGAUUGUAUCAACGAAAAAAUUUCCGAUUAUGAAGAGAUGUGGAGUUUUGCUAAGACUAAAGGAUUUCAAGUUUACGUGUGUGAAAUGGAAAUGGACGUACACAUUUGCAUGAAAAGGAACAUUCACAAUCGUACUGAAGAAGAAAUCAACAAAAUCGUCGACUACUUCGAACCAACGCCGAGUCAUCAUUUGAAAUUGGAUGUUAAUGCAAUGCUCCAAGAAGAAGCAAUUGAUGAGGUUCAUAUGGAAGAUAGUCAACAGUCUUCUGAAGAAACAGUUGCGCAGGCAAAUGAAGACAGUCAAGAUAGUCAAGAUGACAAAUUGGGAGUUAGCAAGUGGGAACGAAUGGACGCCGAUGAUAAGUUAGAUCGGUUAGAUGGCUUAGCAAAAAAAAAGACUGAAAGCGGUCCUCAAACAAUGGAAGAUUUUUUACAAGUGCCUGAUUACUACGAUAUGGAAGAUACAUCAGGAAAGAAGAGAGUGCGAUGGGCCGAUUUGGAAGAACACAAGGAACAAGAAAAAAUGCGAGCGGUUGGAUUUGUGGUAGGUCAUACUAAUUGGGACCGAAUGAUGGACCCGACUAAAGGGCAGAGCGCACUUACUCGAACAAAAUACAUAUGACCCAAGUUUAUACCCAGAGUAUCCAGACAAAACUUUUGAAGCAAUAGUGUUUAUAUCUAGAAAAAUAAGUUUGGAAUCAAGUAUUUAUAUAUGUAUAUAUAUGUGGAUAUCUGUUUACACACACCAUACACGCACAUAUAUAUAGAUAUAUAUGUAUAUGUAUGUUUACUCAGUAAAGUAAUGAUGAAAGUACGACUAACCGUAACAGUAAUAGUAAUGAUAAAUCAUUAUUACAAAAGGUAGCAUUGAAAAUAGUUCACAUAUGUCAAAGCAAUGACAUCAGCUGUUCCGCCAGUAGGAUAACCGAUGCGAUGAUUUUUGCUAUCACUCACGUAUAAAUUACAUCAAAACAUGGAGUUAAUUCGCCUGAUAUUCCGCAUUAUUGUACGCAGUAUAUCCACAUGAAUGGUCGUUCUAAAGUCCCGUUCGCAGAUAAAUUCGAGCGCCGAUUUACAAUAGUCUGUACGGGGCUUGACAAUGACGGGUUUGUACAGUGAAGUGGAGUUGGUCAUUGCAUAUAGAUGGACACCUGCACAUAGAGUUUUGAAUACUACUCUUAGCCGGGCAAAUCUCUUAAAUGUGACACCAAAGUCUCUGUGAAGGAUUUGAUGAAAACUUACGAGAUGGUUUGUUUAUUAAAAGUACCUUGGGUCGGAUCAAGUUUUCAACAUGUUACAUGAUGUUACAGGUAAUUUUAUGUGGUGAAUGGGGCAAAAAAGGAAGCAAAAAGUGAUAUAAGGGCUGUUGUGUAAUGACUGUGCGAUUUGUAAAUUCAUUGCCGUUAUUUUUAUUUGGACGUAACAUACACUUUACGCCAUAAAUAUAUUUGACUAAUCAUGUCAUGUUAUUACUAACUCUUUUUCAGUUUGUAAAAUUAUUUCCUUAUUUGCCUGAUAAUUUGAGUAUAAAUUUAUUCUCAUGACCUAAACCCAUAAAUAUUAUCAAUACAUUACAGAGCCACUACACGGUGAUUGUGUACGUGCUACAUUGAUUAACGAAUAUACAGAUGUUCUGAUUUAAUAAACAAUUAAAAUCCAAA